AUGGAGGCGCACAAGCUCGUGAAGGGCCACUUUCGCAACAACCACCGCUUCGACGACGGCUACUGCCGCAUCACCAAGGACCAGAACUACAACCCCAUGCGCAAGCAGAACAAGAUGCGGAUGCUGCAGCAGACCUUGGAAGACGACCCCCUGCUGGAUGUGAAGGCCACGGGGUACAUUCCCAGCGCCGUCAUGAGGAACCUUCGGCUUGACAGUCCCGAGGACGAGCAGUGGAGCAACGAGAUUCGGCGGGUGACGGUGCUGUUCGUCAACCUCGGGCUAAUUCAGCAAACGCUGCUGGCGGCGGCCUUCUACGACGAGGCGAUGAAGGAGAUGCACCAGGUUAUGGUGGCCGUGCAAGAGUCGGUCUACGAGUACGAGGGCAGCAUCAACAAGUUCCUGAUGGACGACAAAGGCUCCACCCUCAUCGCCGUGAUGUGCGAGCGACUGUUCGACUUGGCUAAGGUUGGGUCGGUGGGCAUCACCACCGGCCAGGCGUUUUGCGGCGUUGUUGGCUCCAAGACCCGGAAGGAAUACACGGUACUGGGGGACAGCGUGAAUCUUGCCGCGAGACUGAUGCAAAGAGCUGUGUCCGAGGAUGGAGGCGUGAUGUGCGAGCUGGCCACGAAGCGGGCGUGCGGCGGGCUGUUGCAGUUCAAGGGGCGGGGCGACUUCCGCAUCAAGGGCAAAACAGCGCCGGCCAAGGUGUUCCAGCCGUACCCGGAGGGCUUCCCCAAGCCGGACCCGCCGCAGUACCUGGGUGCCAACGUGUACGGACUCAUCCACCAGCAGCAGCGGCAGAACUACGCCAUGCACAAGCUGCUCACCAGCCUGCAGGCCUACUUCGCCCGGCCUGCCGUCAAGGAGGUGUUUAUAGUAGCGGUACCUCUGGCUGUGACUGUGGCGUCGGUCAGAGUCGGCAAAUGGUGUUUUCGCUUAUUGACUUUUAUUAUUACUUACGCGCCGCCCCCACCCACGGGGCUCCCUGCCUACCCUUCGGAACCGUUUCUGUUCCAGAUUUCAAGCUCAUCCAGUUCUACCAGUGAACAGAGCCAGCGCGAGAGCAUGAACCAGCGGGGGGGGUCGAUGACGUCGGUGACGGGCGGCAACAUGGGCGAGAAUGGGGAGGAGGAGGAGGGGGAGGAGGAGGAGGAGGAGGACCUGCUGGUCGGCCUGGGUGGGCACCGCUUGUCGGAUUCCUCGGAGGGGCCGGAAGUUGACGACCUUGACCGGUUUCUGAACGCCGGGAUGGACGGCGAUAUACCGUUCGAGGGGCAACUUGGACCGCCCGGUGGGGGCGGCGGCGGCGGCAACUGUGGUGUCGCCGGCGGGGGCGCUACUCUCCUGUCGCCGGAAUCGAAGGAAGAUGAUGCCGAUGCCGCCGUCCCCGCCAUGGACUUGGGGGACAUGGAGCCGAACAAGAGGUCGUACCCCCCGGGAAACCCUCGCAUCGACAUUUUGGGCAGGUCGAGCGCGAGGCGGGAUGUGUUCAAGUCGCCCGAGCGCGACCCGCCGCAGGACGGCGGCCAGCCCACGGGCGGCGGCGGCGUGGGCGGCGGUGACCACGUCAGCGUGGCGGCGGCGGCGGCGGGGGCGGCGGCGGGAGCCUUGGACGUGGUUGCGACUGCCAAGGGCACGGAGCCGAUGCAGAAGUCUACGAGCCUGACGGCCAAGGUGUUCGCUACCGGCUCGGGCGUGAGGUCGUCCGUCGAAUCGACGGCGAGGUCGUCUGCGGCCUCGGCGACCGAGACUUCCUUCUCGGGCGGCGGCGGCGGCGGCGGCGGUAACGAGAACGCCUCCCCGGACAUCCUCAGCCCGACCUCCACGUCCGCAGACGCGCCCCACACGAGGAGCAUGGGGCGGCGCCAGGGGGACUCCACCCGCAUGAUGCAGAAACUGUUCGGGAAGACGGACGAGGGGCCAGGCGCGUCCUCCUCGCAGCCGACAUCGCCGUCCUCGAGGCCCGCGCCGAAGGAGUCGGGCGACAGCAGCAGGAGCCUCGUGUCGGGGCCCACCGUCGACAGCGCGGCGCCGCCGCCGCCGCCGCCGCUGCCGCCGCUGUCGAACUCGGCAAAAAGUUGUGCGAACAGCCGCGGCGCCGACGGCGGCAAGUCACGGGGUUCUCCUCUUGGGGGAAGCAAGCAUAGAAACGCCGCGACGGUGAUGCCGCGCCCGACUCAGGGCUGGGGCGCAGACCCGGACGGGAGCGGCGGCGGCGGCGACGAUAACAGCAGCGGCGGCCGGAAGCAGUGGCCAGACGGGUAUGCUGAGUCGAAGCAGCCGGUCACCGAGGGGGGCCAACAAGCAGAGAGUGUUCCGGACGAGAUGAAGGUGGAGCAGCAGCGGUGUGAGGGGGGGACGAACAGCGGCGCGGGCGUUUUCAAGGACGGGUCGGCGACAGCUGCCCCAAAGUGCGGCUUGUGUUUAGUUAGCGUGCCCGCUGUGCUCAGUUUGGCAAAGCAGGUGAAGCGCGGAAGCUCCCGCCUCGAACUUGCCGUCGACGACGACGAGAUCUUGCCGCCGAACUGGGUAGGCCGGAGAAGACGGUCCUUAUGCCGGCUGUCCGUCUCGCAGAACGGGAUGGUGCCGCUGCCGGCGUCCGCGGGAAUCCCGCAGUCCGACUUGGGAGCUUCGGGUUCUUGCUCGCUCCCGAGGUACAGCAGAUACAACAAGCAGCAGUUCAGCGCCGGGUCCGUGAGCUCGGGUCUCGCGUCCGGGCACGGGGCCAGCCGCAGCGGCCACAGCCAGAUGAACGCCAGCGGGAUGACCCAGUCGUCUUCUGGAUCGAGCACCACCCCCACCGCUCCCACGCUGUUUAACAAGAACCGGAGGGGAUUGGAUGACAGCGCGUCGUCCUCGUCGACUAGUUUCAACGGGGGCCCCGUGUUGCGGGAUGCAGCUAUCUUCACUCAUCAUGUCUAUGUGAACCUGUUUAAGAAAGGCGACAACACUGACCCAGGAAACUACAGGGGGAUCACACUGUUGAACACAGUAGGAAAAGUGUUCUGUAAGCUGCUGAACGAUAGGAUAGUGGGAGUAUUGGAGAAGGAACAUAGCAUUAGUGAGGGCCAGGCAGGUUUCCGCAAGAAGAGGGGGUGCGUAGACCACGUGUUCACGGUAGGGAGAAUCAUCCAAGGUAGAAAGAGGGCGGGAAAGCCGACGUACUGCUUCUUCCUGGACGUGAAAAAGGCAUACGACACCGUAUGGAGAAAUGGGUUGUGGAAACAACUGUCCAAAUACGGGAUCAAGGGGAAAAUGUGGAGAGUGCUGAAGAAGAUGACAGAGUGCACGAAAAGCGCGGUCAUGCUAGACGGAGAACUGUCUAAAUUCUUCGACAUAGAGCAGGGGGUCCCACAAGGUUGCACGCUGUCCCCAACAUUGUUCAAU